AUGGAUGAAGCCAUUGCCACCGUGGUGGCAGUCUGCGGGACGACCCCGGAACUGGCUGCGCAAUACGUUCAACUCGCUGAUGGCGACCCCAACCAAGCAGUUCAAUUGUUCUUCGAAAACGGUGGCGUCGACCUUGCUGGACCGCCGUCAGGCCCGUCAUCACGGCCUCCCCCUGCCACAGCCCCACAUCACACCGGUGACGCAGGUGAUCCUAUAGACAUCGACGCUGAAGAGACCAUCUCAGACGACAAUGAUCCAGAAAUCACUGGUUUUCGAAAGACAACACAAAGACCAGUCGCAGCCUUCGAAGACGAUGAGGCUAUGGCACGCAGGUUACAAAACGAAAUGUACGGUGCAGGCGCACCGGAGGAAGAUGUACGGGCCCCCAUUGCUCGGCAAGCCGAGACGCUGGUCGGGGGAUACGGAGGUGGUCUUGCAGCAAUGGGCGGUCCCACAUAUUCCUCGGCUGUAGAAGAACGAAUGCAAGCUAUUGAGAGGAGACGACAUCAAGCCCGCACUGGGAUUUUCAAUCAACAUCAGCCAACCUCCAUCUGGGAUCAAGAUGCUUAUGCCAGCCCAGACGCCCUUUCAGAAUCCACUGGUGGAGCAUCAGAGGCUUCUGCGAGAUCGACUCGACUUGCCAGGCUCUUCCAACCACCGUGGGAUCUGAUGUACAAGGGCGAGUGGGAGAAUGCAAGAGCUGAGGGCAAAGAACAGAAGAGGUGGUUACUAGUCGACAUACAAGAUCCUUCGAUAUUCGACUGCCAGGCACUGAACCGCGACUUGUGGAAGAACGAGGGCAUCGUGGAGACUGUUCGGGAAAACUUCCUCUUCCUGCAGUACAACAAGGACGACCCCCGAGCGUCACAAUACGUGCAAUACUAUUUUCCGAACUAUGAGCUUACGCGCGAGUACCCUCAUGUUGCCAUCGUCGAUCCCCGAACAGGCGAGCAAAUCAAACUCUGGGCACGCAAAGUUCCUCCCGCCCCAGAGUUCUUGAUGCAACUACAUGAGUUCUUGGAUCGAUACAGUCUUGAUACUCAUGCGCGGAAUCCAGUCGCAAAGCGGAGAUCCGAAGCUAAGAAAGAGAAGCCGGUCGACCAGCUCACGGAGGAAGAGAUGCUGGAGAGAGCAUUGCAAGCCAGUCUCGCCGUACAGAACGAAGAGCAGAAAGCGGCGCCGGCUGAAGAUCCCGAUGACUUGACUCGAAGUGUCGGAGACUUGCGGAGCGCUCAAACGGUCACUAAUGACGAUUCAAUGGACGUCGACAAGAACGGCACAGAGGAGACUGCAGACGGGGCUGCUUUUGCACAGAUCCCGUCAGAUCGUCCUCAUACAGAGCCGGCUGCAGGACCGGGUGUAACUCGAGUGCAGAUUCGGCACCCCGGUGGCCGGAUUGUUCGACGGUUUGCAGAGCAGGAUCCUGUGCAACGAAUCUAUGAAUACCUCAAGGCUGCCCCGCUAGAAGGCAAGGCCGGCUCUGUGUUCGAGUUGGUGUCAAUGGGGAAGAACCUGAUGGAUGCUCGACAUGAGACCAUUGAGAGCGCCGGUCUGAAGAAUGGAACGGUUAUGGUGGAGUUUGUCGAUUGA